AAAUCCCAACGAUCAACAUCUCUCUUUUCCCUUUUUCCGAUUCAUGCGCCUCCGUUUACAACCAUAACAAAUCAUAAAGUUUCCGUCACCUUAUGAAUCCUAUGCUAUUAAUAUGGGCGGUGUGGCGUCAUCCAUCGCCGCUAAAUUCGCUUUUUUCCCACCGAACCCUCCGUCGUACACGGUUGUUUCCGACAAGUCAUGUGGCGGUAAGUUAUGCAUACCUGAGGUACCCAGGAGAGAAAACGUCGACGUUUUGAAGCUUCGGACUCACCGGGGAAACGAAAUCGUCGCCGUAUACGUGAAGCACCCAAAGGCAUCCGCCUCUAUGCUUUACUCUCAUGGAAAUGCUGCUGAUUUGGGGAAAAUGUUCGAACACUUCGUUGAGUUAAGCCUCCGUCUUCGGGUCAAUCUCAUGGGGUAUGAUUACUCUGGAUAUGGACAGUCGACAGGAAAGCCAUCUGAGUGUAAUACGUACGCGGACAUUGAUGCAGUAUAUAAAUGCCUAAAGGAGCAAUACAGGGUCAAAGAUGAACAGCUAAUACUGUAUGGUCAAUCUGUUGGCAGUGGUCCAACCAUUGAUCUUGCAUCAUGCACUCCCAAUUUAAGAGCUGUUGUUUUACAUGGUCCAAUAUUGUCUGGUCUAAGAGUGUUGUAUCCUUUCAAACACACACAUUGGUUUGACAUUUAUAAGAAUGUCGAAAAAAUAAGUACUGUGAAUUGUCCUGUUCUAGUCAUCCAUGGAACAGCGGAUGAAGUUGUUGAUUGCUUCCAUGGAAAACAACUCUAUGAUCUAAGCAAGGAGAAGUAUGAACCAUUGUGGAUAAAUGGAGGCGGGCAUUGCAAUCUUGAACUUUACCCGGUGUACAUCAGACAUCUAAAAAAGUUUGUUCUUGGUCUUGGCAAAUCAACGCCUGCUACAAAUGGUUCUCAUAAAACGUCUUUAGUCUCUGACACCCAGAAACAGGCUGAAAGUGGCGCCUCAAACACACUCGAUCUGCAUUCUGACCUUCCUGAAAUUUCCAGAAAUAGUUUGGAUAGCCGACUUGAUAAGUCAAAGAAGUCGAACAAACCUGAGAAGUCUCGGAUGAGCACAGGUUGUGUUGACAGGUUUAGGAGACGAAAGGGAUUGGUGUGGUAAUAGCUUUUGUAUAGGGGUAAUCCUGUUAAUUGAUAAAAUAUUGGAUUGAGAUGACCCUAGAUGGAGCGACAUGGACAAUAAAGAUUCUUAUAGUGGACUCCAACUUACUGGGAUUGAGGCAUUGUUCUUGUUGAUGUCACCAUGCUAGAAGGAACGUAAUGCUCUAACAGAUGAGCUCCUGCACCAAAUGUUAUGUUGAGUGUGAUUAUAAUUGCAUUAUCUGUAUCAUUUAGAGGUGAAGUUGUGAUUUCUGCAUCCUUUUUUACCCUGUAUAUAAUCUCAAAUGUUCAACUGUCAUUUUGAUAUAGAAAGCUUAUAAGUUUUGGGUGU